AUGGGCGCACCAGCUGGGAGGGUUACUGCUCUUGUCCGGAAAAGGAGAAGUAUGCGUGUGGUGCCGUCGUCGGAUGAGGAGAUAGAAUCUGAUGAUGUGGGUCUUUUUCCUCACAAAGUGCACACGAAUGUAUCUAUGCACAUGCUUCUUGGAAACAUUAGGGAUGUUCUAGGCAACAAGUUCUCGGCGUCUGUGCAGAAAACUAAAGUGGUGAUCCCGGAUUCUACGACGUCACCUCCUCUAUCAUUUGUUACAGCCUCCCCGAUUGAUCUUAGUUCUGACUCCUCAUUUGGGAGUGCACUGGGUUCACCCAGGGGUUCCAUUCAGUCAACGAAGCCUUUAGCGGAGGGAAGAAUAGGAACUGCUCCUAGCUCCUCAUGUUCCAAAGCUUAUGCCCCAGGUUGGGCAAUUACUGGACAUUCUUUACUGUCGAAUGAUAUCAAUACCCAGGAAUGGAGUGUUUAUGCUCAUUUCCCAGCUACGAUGAGAUUUCUUGUGGGAAAAUCCAGGUUUCAAGUUGUUGGUGACCUUUGUUAUGCUACGGCCCAGGCUUCUUCUCUUAUGGUUGCAGCCAUCGAACGGAGAAAGGUGGUAUGUGUGAUCGACAAAGUCAUUGAGAGCACUAAAUUCACCAAAGGGGUCCAGGAUGUUUGUGAGGCUUGUGAAGCACUUGGGAUCGAGAAGGGGAGUCAACUGAGUGAGUGCUCCAUGUAUUCCAGUAAAUCUAAAGUUCUAGGUCCUGGUCAAGUGGCGAGCAGAGCCAACCAACUCAACAUUUCCCUUACGUCUUUUGUCAAGACAGAUUUUGCUGGCCUCUUCCAUUUAGGGGAGUUUGAUUAUGAUGGCUUCCGCCAGUUUUGUGGCAAACGGAGCCCGGGAGAUAAGAAUAAUAAGAGAUUCAACGAUGGGAAUCAUAGUCACAGGGAUCGCUCUAUCAGCCACGAUCCAUGUUCUGAACGUUUCGUUCCCAAUCAUGUGGCUGCACUCACUGGUUACUUUCAUUCUAUAGCUUGUGCAGCACAUGCUAUGGGUGUAGAUGAUAGCUUGCAAACAUAUCAUCAUGAGCUAUCAGAAGUGUAUGAGUGUUGCAUGGAAUAUAAGAGAAAUGGAAAAGACGCUAGGCUUACUCGGUCAGUUUCUCCAGAAUUAGUAGAGUGCCGUGACUUAGAGCUUGUUGUUCCUGGAACUUAUUGUGCAGGAUCAUCAACCACAGAAACAAAAGAUUCAGAAACUUUUGCUAUUAGAGACAUUGGCCAGACACUGUCCUACAAAUUCAAAAGGAAGAUGGCACAGGCAAUGAAUAUCCUUUGGGAGCUGCCCUUCAGGCCACCAAAAAUACUUUGA